UCGGUUCCAGCUCUACUGUGGAUGAUGUGGAGGCCAAUUGACUUCUUCUCAACCAUUCAUGGUGACUGACAAGUCAUGAUAAUUUUUUAUAAAACAAAUAGUUUUUCGCAAUGGACGAUUCAUUUUUCGGAUUCGAUACAACAACAGGCAUACCGGAUGACGAUGGGCAAAUCGCAGAGCCGCCGGAAGAAGAGUAUGACGCCCUGAACGAUGAAACAUUCGGCUCAGCGAUAAACGGCGACUGGGAGGAAGCCCACGAAACGCUGGUGCGUCUCGGCGGCAAUGGUGAAAAAGUACUACGCAAAGCUGGCGAUUAUACCGACAAUGGCGGAUUCUUUCACGACCAUCACCAGCAACACCACCAGCAACAACAACAGCAGCAACAACAUCAUCAUCACCAUCAACACCUUCAGUCGUUGCAUCAACGUGGCAUCGAUGAUUCGGACUUGGAGUUGAAUCUGUCGUCGAUGAAAUUGGACGAUGUGGACUUGAGUUCGUUUGGCGAUGCCAGCAGCGAUGCCAGCAAUCGCAUCAAUUUGGAUUCAGCUGUUUGGGCUUCACAGCCGCCGCCUCCAUCGAUGCCAAUGCUAAAUAAUCAGCAGCUUUUUCGAGAUAACUUUCGCAGCGCAUUCAAACCGCAGCCACCAAGUGGUACCGCCAUCGUUGGUCCACCCCUAAGACCAUUACAGGAGUCGAAUGCCAAUUUUGGUUUGCCGCCAAUGCCACCGGCAGCGUCGGCCAAGAUCUCGACGCUCGAGGACAUUGAACGCAAUUUAAUAAUUCAGCAGGCAAUACCCAAACAGCAGCAACAACAACUACAGCAGGGACAAUCUCUGCAUCAACAGGAUUUUAAUUUGGCUAAUCGGCAGCACUCUGUAACAACACCAAUACCCCAACAACAACACCAGCAGCAGCUGCUGCAAAAGCAGCAACCGCAACAGCAUAAAGCUCCGCCUGGAUUUAUGGGUACACCGCAAACACCGCCACCCAGGCCUAAUCUACCAUUUCAUGGGCCACAUCCGAUGGCCGGAGCGGGCGGACCUUUACCAGGAUUAAUGCCAACACCGCAGCCACAGCCACCCCAGCAGCAGCAAUCACAACAACAACAUCAACAGCAAUUAAACGGAUUGAGUGGGAAUCGUGUGCCGCCUGGUUUCAUAUAUCCAACCGGCAUGGCACCCAAUUUGCCGCCGCAACAUCCUUUGAUGCAGCAGCACGGCGGCUUGCUGCCAAAUUUUCCUCGACCACUGCCAAAUCCACAUUUGCCCACGGCGCUGAACAACUUUGCCAUGCAUCCGAGCUUUAAUGCGAUGCGCGUUGGCAUGCAUCCGGCGGCGUUUAUGCAACCAGUGCCGCCGCCUCGCCUGCCGCCACACAACCUGCUCAAUCCGCAACCCAAUUCCAUGUACAACAUGUUCAAUAUGCGUCUGGUGCAGGAAAUACAACAGAAUCAUCCGCUGCUUCAGAAUGCAGCUGUGGUGCGUCAACAACAACAGCAGCAGCAACAAGGUCGCAUAGCUGGCGAUCGCCAGAAGCAACAGCAGCAACAACAACAGCAGCUGUCACAACAACAACAACAGCAGCUUAAUCGUCACGGCGGCAAUCUGCCGCACGAAGAGUUCGACGAGUAUGCGAAUCUGAUGAGCACACGUGACAAGCACUGGCUGAUUGGCAUCCAGCUGUCGCAGCUGAACACGGAUACGCCGUACAUCGAUGACUACUACUAUACGGUGCACAAGGAGCGUAAAAAUGGUCAGGUGCGUCACAGUCAGGCGCACAAGGACAACCAGUUGAAUCAUCCCUUGACGCAGCCGCGUGGCCAUGCUCAGCUCAUUCUGGUGCAGUUGGGCAACAAGAAUGGCACACGCAACGGGGGACAGCAGCAUCGCGAGCGUCGCAAUUCGGAGAACACGAACAACAGCAACAAUACUGGCAGCGGUUCCACAAAUAGUGGCAACAACACCAACCAAUUGCCCGGAUACAUUUUCUCGCCGUUGAAAUUUGAGAACUCGCUGGGCAAACUGCAGUAUGGCAGCGUAACUGCGCCGCGCAAAAUUAUCGAUGCCGAUAUCAUGGGCAGCGAUGCGAGUCCAGCUGAUAAUGUCACAUCGACCUCGGCGAGCGGAGCACAAGCAGCUGAUAAGAGCAAUGAGGGAGCAAAUGAAGUGGUGGUGCUUGCACCGAGCAAUAUGCGUAAGUCACGUCACAUUCUGCUGCAUAUCGAGACGCUAUAUCGUUAUCUGCUCAAACUGGAGGAUCUGGAGAGUCCAGAGGUGAUGUCAACCAUCCUCUUGAAGAAGAAAAAGGAGAGCGAACGCAUUGCCGCCGUCGAGCAGUUGGAAAUGGCCAACAAAACGCCCGAAGAACGCGCAGCUGAGGCAAAUAAUCCGCAAACUAUGAAUCCAGCGCUCAAGAACAAAUUCAACUAUGAGAUUGAGUCGCGUCCAGCAUUGGUGGCCAAGCUGAAGUCGGGACUCACAUUCAACAAGGUCGUCUCCAUGAUGAGUGUGCGCAAGGGCAAGAUACUCUUACGCCGGAUUAUGCCCUUCAUUGCGGAUCAGAACGUGCGCUGGAUCGUUUGGAGUGGCGUCUUUAGUUCCCUGCAGACUGUCGUUAAAAAGGAUCGUGACGAUGUGGAGGGCGUGCUAUACGCUCUUUAUCCAGAGUUCAAGAAGCACAUUCACGAAGCAAACUUUGAGACAAUUAUUAACAUUUCAGCGGCAUUCUCGCUGACGGACAAAAAGAUGACGGGCAUCUUCUGCAGUCGUUUUGGUAUUCUAUCGCUUGUCGGUUUGAUAUUGCGUUCAGAAGCAAUUUACAUGUCGAACAAUGAUGCGACGCUAAGCGAGGAUAACCGCGAGAAAUGGCGUGAGUUUUUAGCACAGGUCGCCUCCUGCCUUAAUCGCACCAUACAGAAUCAAACCAUCUCGGCGGCAAUUGAGUCAGAUGCUAUACAGCCGAUGAUGAAUCAUUUUGCCCGUUUCAAAGACCUCAAACUGGAUGCACUUUUGGCUUUGAUCACACAGGCCAAACAUCAAAUCAAUUAAAACUAAACUAAACGGAGGCGUCACUAUUAUUCUUCAGUUCAAUUAUGUUUUGUAAUUGGAACGCCACAUAGCCCAUUGUGUAUUUGAUUUGCUGACGAUUGUCAUUGUCAUGUUGGGGCUCCAUCAGCGCAGUAAAUAUUAUGUAUGUUCUGUAUAUUUACGUACAUCUGUGUUGUAGUUGUGUUUAAACAUAUAUUUACAUAUUACAUAUUUAACACGCGCACAAUUUGUAAAAGAUAUCCAUGCAUACAGGCAACACACACACACAUACAUACAUACAUAUACAAUAUAUAUAAACUUACGCGAAACAAAUAUAUAAAGUACUCAUAAGCAGAUUAAAACAUAAACAGAUGCAGGAAACCUUUCAUUUUAACCAUAGUAAUGUGCACUUGCGAAAAAUGUAAACUCCUUUUUUUUAAUUAUACCAAUUUGUUAUGGCAUUGGAAUAUUUGCUCAUUGUAUAUAUGCCAUAAUGUAUUUGAUAAGGCAGUCUAUAUAUUUAUAUAUAUUGUCAAACAACAAAACAACUAACUUCUACUCAAGUUUUACAAUUGUGCUGUUUUCACUUGAUUUUAAUAUGUUCCAUUGCUUCAUCAGCCUUUUAAACCGGGCGUUAUUAAGUAUGCUUGUCAGUCAAUAAACAAUUAAUUAGAAUUGAUCGCAAAUCUCUAUUAUAUAUUUUGCGUCAAUAAUAUAGGAACUUACCUAUAAUAUAAUUUCGAUAGUUUGUAAAUAGAUCUGGCCUAUGUAAUUGCUAGGGCUAUGUGGGAUUAUUGUUUUAUAAAAAUUUAUGUAAAAGCCGAUACAAACAAUGAAUAAUGUUAACAUGUAAGCAAAAACCCGUAAGCAAGACAUUUGAUAAAUAUGAACAUCUGCAUUGACGUCUAUAAUACAAAGAAAAUAUUCAAAAUUGUGAUACAUUUUGUGUAUUUUAAACAAAAACCGAAUAGUAACAAAAAAAAAAGUGCACAUGAAAUGGCAACAAAAAAAGAAUAAGUAAAGAAAAAAUAAGACCUAUAAACUCAUUUCGGUUUUAAAUAGAUUAAAAACA